AUGAAGUCCGUUAAAUUUGCUACAAGUGUCACUGCAUGCGAUCUGGACUGUGAAAAGGCAGAGGCAUGUCUCUCCAUGUGCGGGAUGUGUCCAUUUUGCGCUUUUGCCCCCAUGCCCCCUGCCUCCACCCGGUGCUUGUGGACCGUGUCGGAUGAAUUCAAGAGGAGGUUCUUGGUGGAGCUGCUGUUACGAUGCAGAAACAUCCAAGUGUUGGAAAGCAUCCAGAGUGUGUUAGGUGUUACAUCGUGGACUUUACUCACGUACGCCAGGUCAAGGAGCCCGACCUCAGGGGAGGAUUUCCCCUGUGGCGGUUCAGGCCGUGCGCUUCAUGGGAGACCACUCGGGAUGGACCUGCAUGAGAUCUGGGACUGGUUCACCAAAAGCCCGGACUGGAUCAAAUCCCGCUACCUUUGCCGGCUUUUCUCACUCUGUGACACGGAACUACUGCGCAUGUUGUCUAAUUUAACCAGCGUGCUUCUGGUCAGGCAAAAACGAGGUUUUCUACAAUAUAAUGUGAGGAGUUUUAGUAGCAGUCAGCAUGAUUGGGACAGUGAUGAAGACUCGGUGGACCCCGCUCUCAUGGUGGUGCCCGGAUCCUCAAAGUCUGUGUCUGGAGUCAGCCGGUAUCGAGACUUCAUCAGCUGCCUACCUGUUGAUCUGUCCAAGAGGAUAUUAGGUCUGUUAGAUGAGAUUUCUCUGAGGCGCUGCCAGAAGGUUUGCCCAUCCUGGCAGCACCUCGCAAAGGAAACCAUGGAGGAAAUCAAGUUCAGAGGACACUUUCAGGAUCAAAUUAAGGCAAUGAUGAAGAGGGGUAAAGGUAUGAAUAAAGUCAGCUCCACUUACGCCAACAUCGUUGAAGUUCCUGUACCGAUCAAGAAUGAUGAUAAAGUGACUAUUCAUGCUAGUGUCCAAAAGGUAAAUAAAUGGGUCAAGCCAUUUGAAGCUGCUUAUGCCAAUAUCAAAGCCAAUAUGGUGCCGAUGGAGGAGCGAAAUGUUUACUGUGGUGCAUAUUUCACCACGGUGCUGCUGGACAAAGAGGACCCUCAUCGGGUGGUGGACUACAGAGGUGGAUUGUUUAUGGCGACGGGCUCCAAGGACCGCGUGGUGCAUCUGCUUCAUGUGGCGGCAGUAACAAAGGUGGUGUCGGUGAUGAAGGGCCAUGUGGGCAGCAUCCGGGCGGUGCUGCUGUGCGAGGACAGAGAGCUGCUCAUCACUGCCAGCUGCGACGCCAGCAUCAGGUGUUGGUGUUUGAAGACAGACACGUGUGUGAUGAUGCUGUAUGGUCACACUGGCACUGUUCACUGCCUGGAUGUCCACGGCGAUCGUCUUGUCUCAGGAGCUAAAGACUGUUUCGUAAAAGUGUGGAGUCUACACACAGGGAAGAUUUUUGAGGAUUUUAUUUUCAAGCACGCAAGCCCUGUUCACUGUGUGAGGAUCAACACGAGAACGGUGUUCAGCAGCUGUGAUCGGGGAUUUGUCAAAAUAUGGGACAUGGAGAACGCAUCGCUGCUGAGGGUGAUUGAUGGCCACAAAAGCUCAGUGAGGUGCCUGUUCUUCGACGAAUGGCAUUUUUUAUCUGGAGACACGAGCGGGCAGGUCAUGGCCUGGAGUUUAAACUGUGAGGUUAAAGAGUGUCUUAUGACCUUCCCCCACCCAAAGGAGGUAAAAUCUAUGACUCUUGUUUACCUGCGUGUCAUUACUGGCUGUGUGGAUGGAAAGAUUCGAAUAUUUAAUUUCCUCACCGGAGAUUGCCUGAGAGAGAUCACGGCAGAGGCUGAAACAGGCCGAAUACUGUCUCUGCACUACCAUGACCACCAAAUAUUAGUGAACGCGACGUCAAGUGUGAAGCUGUACCAGUUUGCCAAAGUUUUCUGGGAAUACACAGAGUCAGCUGAGGGAGGCAAGGGCGAUGCUGGGACUCAGGAUGGUUUGGUUUCUGAGAACCCGGCAGCCUCGCUGAGAAAGCUUCCCCUCACCUCUGCCGGGUCAGAUCACACAGCACAGAAGAACAAGAAGAAGUCAGACAGAGCUGAGCGGCUUUACCACACCCGCUUACUGCCUUCCACCACUACAUACCGAGCACAAGCCAGAGAUCGCUGUGAGACUAACCCGUCCGUGAUGCUGAGUGAGAAGGCAACGAGUGACCGGAUGAAGAGGAGGGGGCUUCAUCAUCCUCUGACCCGCGACUCCAUCCUCCUAAAAGUCAAUGCCAUCCAGAAGGCGCAGUGCAGGGAUGAAGUCAGCAUCAACAUGGAGUGCAACGCCCGGCUGCGAGAUUCCUGGGGCUUCGACACGUCUCAGUAUUCUCAGCUUUGGGACAGCCUUCAGGAUGUUCAUCUCAGGAGGGCUAAAACCUGCGUUCCAACUUUAAAGAGAGAUGUCAGUCAAAAUAUGACCAACAAGAUCCAAGGCAGAGCCAUCUCCACCGCCCCUGACACCACAAGGAGACGCCCUACCUGUUUAUGUCCUAAAAAAGCACAGCCCCACAGUGCUGACACAUUUAAGCGAGCAGGUGGAUUCAGUGCCAAAGAGGGGCCACAGGCUCCUGAGUGCACGCUCAUGAGAUCACUGGCUACUCCAGAGCGCUCCAAGAAAACUGGCACCAGCUUGCCCAGGAUUAGCCUUUGUGACGUAGGCAGACAAUGCAAACCCCUCCUGGCACCCCGAGCUGGGCUUAGCUUCACCAUGCAGCACAGCUCCCCCAUUGUUUCAUCAGGUAUGGAGUCUCUUGUCCCGGACUGGCGAGCUGCGGGGGGGAUAACAAGCUCAGACUGGUGGCUGACUUCCCUGGAGCUGUCCAGAUAUCACACCGUUACCAGGUUUAACGAGAGUCAUAUUAGACGCGAAAGCUCACUGAAUAUGCGAAUCACACCAUUCUCCUGGGGAACGACUUGGGAUAAGAACAGUGUCUAA